UUGUGGAGCUGCAGGCCGCCGGGCGGGCAGUGGGGCUCGGCAGCUGCCCGGCGAGGGGCGUGUUCGCGCACUACAGCGACAUGAGGGGGCGCGGGAGAGCGUGGGCCCGCGGGCCGGGGUACCCACAGCGGCACGGCGCCCCCACAAAGGCCCCGGCUGGGAGUCCGGCGACUGUCGCGCGCCCUGCCCGGGGAAGGCCGCGCACCCGCAGGGACCUCGAGUCCAGGGGCCAGCGUGGAGCGGUGACCGCGGACCUCGAGACCGGAGUACCACCUGAAGAGAGGAGGUCUCCGCAGGAGGCUGUGCCCUGGAGUCUAGUGACUUUUGGUGACGUGGCUGUGGAUUUCUCCCGGGAGGAGUGGGAGUGGCUGGGCCCUGACCAGAGGCAUCUCUACCGGAAGGUGAUGCUGGACAACUACAGGACCCUCAAAUCUCUGGAGCCUGCUGACCACUGCAUGGUCAUCCCUUUUUCCUGCCCACUCAGGACUCUGCGUUUCCAAGCCUGCCAUGAUCUUCCUGUUGGAACAGAAGGAGGAGCUGUGGCCGGUGACCCGAGGUGGGCGCCCUGGCUGGCCAUUGAAGAUAAAACCCUCCUCCAAAUGAGGAGCCAGGAAGAGGAUGAGUUGGCAGGAAUUGAACAUCUUAAAGUCAUGUGCCCAGAAUUGGUGUCCUUUACUGAUGUGGUUAUUGACUUCUCUCAAGAUGAAUGGGAACAGCUGACUCUUGCACAAAGGACUUUGUACAAGAAGGUGAUGUUGGAGAACUACAGGAACCUGGUUUCUGUGGGCCUUUGUAUUUCUAAACCCAAUGUAAUUUCCUUACUGGAGCAAGGUAGAGAUCCUUGGAUAAUGAAAGGAGAGAUAAUAAGAAGUCUGUGCCCAGACUUGGAGUAUGUCCAGAUGUUCACGAAAAUACCUUCAAGCCAGGAUGUUUAUGAAGAAAAAUUAUCUCAUGCUGUUAUGGGAAGACUAUCAAGCUAUGAUCUUGAAUGUUCCCCACUAGGAGAAAACUGGAAGUAUGAAGACCGGUUUGAGAGGGAGAUGGAAUCAGUGACCUUCAGGGAUGUGGCCGUGGACUUCACCCAGGAGGAGUGGCAGCAGCUUGACCUUGCCCAAAGGGACCUGUACAGAGAUGUGAUGCUGGAGAACUUCCAGAACCUGUUCUCACUCGACUUGGAGACCAGACCAGAGCCGAAAGCACCAGAGCCUGAGGAGGACUUUCCAGAAGACACGCCCGACGGUGGGGGCGCUUGGACAGUGGGGGACGGGGUGGAGAGACCACGUGGGGCCAAAGGGGCCCAGCGGGAGCGUUCCCGGAAGUCAGACUCCUGGUGUGACUGGCUCCCCUCGACGCUGCCCCUCAGACUCAGCGCGGGUGCCUCCACCGAAGUGCCCCUGACGUGGGCUAUGUUGGUCCAGCUCCCCGUGGUGCGUGUGGGGAGGCGGCCGCACGGCUGCCCAGAGUGCGGUAAAGCUUUCGGCUGCCGCUCGGCCCUGACCAAGCACUGGCGCACGCACACAGGGGAGAAGCCCUUCGAGUGCGCUGCGUGUGGGAAACGCUUCUCCGAGCGCUCGGCGCUCACCACGCACCGGCGGGUGCACACGGGCGAGAAGCCCUACGGCUGCGGGGACUGCGGCAAGGCCUUCAGUCAGCGCAUGAACCUGGUGGCACACCAGCGCACGCACACGGGCGAGCGACCCUACGCGUGCGGGCGCUGCGGGAAGGCCUUCCGCAAGGCGUCUUCGCUGGCUCAGCACGAGCGCACGCACACGGGCGAGCGGCCGUUCAUGUGCGGGGACUGCGGCAAGGCCUUCAGUCAGCACAUGCACCUCGUCGUGCACCGGCGCACGCACACGGGCGAACGGCCGUACGUGUGCGGGGACUGCGGCAAGGCCUUCAGCCAGAACAUGCACCUGACCGAGCACCGGCGCACGCACACGGGGGAGAAGCCGUUCGCUUGCUCCGAGUGUGGCCGCGCCUUCAACAAGAGCUCGGCGCUCACGCUGCACCGGCGCGUGCACACGGGCGAGCGGCCGUACGCGUGCGGGGACUGCGGCAAGGCCUUCAGCCAGAGCUCCUACCUCAUCCAGCACCAGCGCGUGCACCUGGGCGCCAGGCCCUUCGAAUGCGGCCAGUGCGGCAAGGCCUUCGGCAAGAACUCCGCGCUGGCGCAGCACCGGCGUGUGCACACAGGCGAGAAGCCCUACGUCUGCCCCGUAUGCCACAAGCAUUUCGCGGGGCGCUCGUCCCUGGCCGUGCACGAGGCUGCCCACACGGGCGCCAAGCCCUUCCAGUGCGGGCAGUGCGGCAAAGCCUUCGGGCAGAGCGCGUACCUCAUCGAGCACCAGCGCAUUCACACCGGGGAGCGGCCCUACCGCUGCGGCCAGUGCGGCAAGGCCUUCCUCAAGAACUCCUCGCUGACUGUGCACCGGCGCACGCACACGGGCGAGCAGCCCUACCGCUGCGGGCAGUGCGGCCGCCGCUUCAGCCGCAGCACCAACCUCACGCGCCACCUGCGCGUGCACACCUGAGCCCGCGGGCGCCUCAUUCACCCGUUUCCCAAGAGCUGCGGACCUCGGGGUCUGUUUCCUCGGUGGUCAAGAGGCGGGGAGGCAGUAGGGCCACCGCCCCCUAACCUGUCUGUAGGGCCAAGGGGACAAGUUGUUGAGGGAGGUGCAACAAAAACCCUCUUCACUUCAUUUUUCAGUAAAUUACAGGAAAAAGAGUGCCCUAAAAGCCAAAGUGCCCCAGAGUUGUAGAAGUAAAACGUUUACUUAAGGGAAACCGAAUUUUCCUUACGUAUCCAGCUGCGAGAGGCAGACGCCGUCCCGCCCCGCUCCCUAUGUGAAGGGAAGGGCAGAGGCGUUUAAGCCUUAAACGCUUAAUGGCGUUUAAGGCACUGGCCGGUGCUUUUAUAAGUCAAACUUCAAGGACACUGGGAAACCGCGGGUGGGGACACGCCUCUCGGUCGCUGCCCAGCCCCGGGCUUCGGGCUUCGCGCGGUGGCUCAGCGCGAGGACUGGGUGCCUCGGGCAGAGGUCUGGGUCUCCCGGGAGCAGGCGCGGACUAGAAGCGGGGUGACCUCCCUCCAGCGUUCUCUCGCUUUCCCUCUUUCCAACCAAAGCCGGCCCGGGCCCUCCCCGCGCCGCCCCAGAGACUGUUCUUCCGCACCGCCCUGUACCCGCGCCUCUGGGGGUAGCACGGGGCUUUGCUUUCCUGUGCCUCGGUUUACUCAGCUGCCGUCCGUCCGCGGGGGUAUGAAGAUUCUGGCCUAGCAGGGCGCCCCCUCCUACCCGCCCCCAACAUGGCACUAACGGACUCGGACAUGACUGCCGCUGCCCCCAGAACUGGUCCAGAAGGAGAAAUCGCGGCCACAGACGGAGGACUAAAAAAGGGCUGGCUCGCCGGCGCCCCCAGGCGUCAGCAGCGUCAGGGCACGGGACGCGGGAGAAGGCGGACUACGCCUGCGCGCGGCUCCUCUGCUGCGGUCACUCCCCUGCGCGCUCCCAGAAGCUUCCGCGAACUGCCCAGGAGAACGCUGAGAAGGAACUUCAUCUCUCUGUCUUGGCGUCCUCAUCUAUGUCUGGGCAUCCCCCACUCGCUAUUGUCGAAGGACAAAUUACAGCCGGGCGUCCAGAACAGCACCGUCAUCGUCACGAACGACUUGUAUUCUUGCUCCCUGGGAUAGGGGGUUCCACACUGCACUCUGGCCUGAGGUUCGAACCAGUCUCCCCAGAGGGCGUUGGUCUCCCCGGACCAGCGAGGAAUAUUCAGGGGGCAAUUAGAUCCGAAAACUCAGGGGGCUGCCUGCCUCCCGGCUGGGUUCUACCCAGAGCUGAAGGGAGGGAGGUGUUUGUUUUCCGGUGCACAGGCUCACAGCUGGAGGCAGUUUGCAACUGCAUAUUUCCUGUCAACGGCCAGAAUAUACCAAACAAAGCAAGAUCUCCUGCUGGCCUCACUACCUCAGCCGUCUGCACUGCAGGGU